AUGUUGAACGUGCUAUUGAGAAAGAACGCCUUUGGUUUGGUGACUAAGAAGGGUAUGGCUACGGCCACAACAGCUGCAGCUAAACAUACCCCUAGGUUAAAAACCUUUAAAGUUUACAGAUGGAACCCAGAUGAGCCAAGUGCUAAACCUCAUUUACAGUCAUAUCAAGUGGAUUUGAAUGACUGUGGGCCCAUGGUACUCGAUGCGUUGUUAAAGAUCAAAGACGAACAGGAUUCUACCCUAACUUUUAGAAGAUCAUGUAGAGAAGGUAUUUGUGGUUCGUGUGCCAUGAACAUUGGCGGUAGAAACACAUUAGCUUGUAUAUGUAAGAUUGACCAGAAUGAAUCCAAACAACUUAAGAUUUACCCAUUGCCCCAUAUGUUUAUCGUCAAAGAUUUGGUACCUGAUUUAACUAACUUUUACCAACAGUACAAAUCUAUCCAACCUUACCUACAGAGAUCAUCGUUUCCAAAAGAUGGAACAGAAGUUCUGCAAAGUAUUGAAGACCGUAAGAAAUUGGACGGUCUUUACGAAUGUAUCUUGUGUGCAUGUUGCUCUACUUCAUGUCCAUCGUACUGGUGGAACCAAGAGCAGUAUUUGGGCCCGGCUGUGCUGAUGCAAGCUUACCGUUGGCUCAUUGACUCCAGAGACCAAGCUACAAAGACAAGAAAGGCCAUGCUAAACAAUUCCAUGUCAUUAUACAGAUGCCAUACCAUUAUGAACUGUACUAGAACUUGUCCAAAGGGCUUAAAUCCUGGUUUGGCCAUCGCCGAAAUUAAGAAAUCUCUGGCUUUUGCCUAG